AAACAGUUGUAUGUACUCUACUACUCUACUUACUACUCUACUACUCCUACUCCUACUACUACUCCGUACCAUACCGUAUACUGCACUCCACUGCCAACAGGGUGCUCACUUCAACUUCCUCUCCGACUUCUUUCUUACCACUUCCAGACUGUCGUUCACCCUUUGCUCCCUCACCUACCGACUACCAACCCUCAUAAUCUACAAUCUCCUUUCUUUACAUACUGUACCUUCUAUAUCUGCCUUUUAAUCAACGACCUUCGUUUCAGCCUCUCGUUAUUACAACUCACGACACACACAACGAACCCCCCGCGUCAAUAGCUUCUAUUUCCAUCAACAAGAAAAACUCCCAGCGAAACAGACCCUGACACGAACCCCCAUCUACCACUCUUCCACGACACAACAGCUCGAGCAGAGCAUCUCAUACCCCCAAACAACCCAAUCUCUCUCUAUGGGCCUUCACCAGGAAUAAACCGGCAGAACCAGCAGCAAGACUCUGACCGCGCGAGCCAGCCGGUCCAACACAGGGGCUCGACACACAACCACCCACUUCACUCCCUCGGGAGACGACAACCUCCACCAUGACGAACAGCAACCGCCACUCCAUGAUGUCCCUCGGCAGCAUGGGCGGCGGCAUAGGAGGUCCCCCCCGCAACUCAGCCGGCCAGCAGUCCUCCCAGGUCUCCACGACGACUCUGCUCAACGCCCUGCACAACACCUACACCUCGUCCCAGCCCUACCAGCUGGAUGCCAGCACGAGCCUGGUGGUGAACACCUGGUUGACUGCUACGCAGGUUGAUCAUAAUGGCGGAUCCGGAGGGGUUGUGGACGCGGCGCUGGCGGCGAGAGCGUGGGAGCAUGCGAGGAGACGGGCGGAGGAUGGGUGUAUUAUGCUUGGAUCCCUCCACGAAUCCGCUCCCUCCGUCAUCGUCCCCUUCCUCUCGACCCUCCCCCUCAAGAUGCCCGCAUCGCUCUAUACAGCCCUCAACGUCCUCCGCCCAUUCACCCACGCCGUGACCCCCCAAAACGGGUCUACGCCUCUCCACUCCGCCCUCGGCGUCACCCUCACCAUGACCCUUGACGGGCACCUCACCGGCGCCUCAAUCGCCCUUUCGCAAGGUGGCAUCGACACCGCGCGCGGACUGUUGAACGUCCCUGCCGCACCCGGACACCGCGCCUUCGACGUCUUCUACUACCUCCUCACCUCGGCCUCCACGGCUGCAGAGCGAGAGUUCCUCGGCCUCAAGGCCCCGUCUACGUAUGCCCUGCUUUCGCGCUCGGGGACGUACGAUCCGCCCUCCUACCUCCCUACCGCUGAUGACUCGGCGGCUGCGGAGGACUUCCGCGCGAGUCUCAAGGAGAUCGGGAUUAAGGGGUCUGCGCACCGGAAUCUGAUUUCUAUGCUGAUUGGGAUCUUGAAGCUGGGCGAUACGCUGAGCUUCAACCUCGAUGGGGAUGCGCUCGAGGAGGUGUGCGAGGAUAUUGGAGGCCUGCUGGGUCUCGAUCCGGAACUGCUGGCUUCGAAGUGCUCGACUGGGGAGAGGGAGACGUUAGUCGGUGCGCUGUACGAAGCGGUGGUGGAUUGGGUGAUUUCCAAAGCGAAUUCGGCUAUUGCGUCUGAGAUGCUGAGGAUCAGGAAUGUGGAUAACUCGAGUGAUGGCGAGAGGACGCCAGGCACAGACGAGGAUAACGGGGAUACGGUGUGCAUCACCGUCCUCGAGGUGCCAGGCGUGGCGCUCGGCAAGGCUGCCGCGAUGAGGGGUGUAUUCGACGACACCCAAGGCAUCAACGCCGAGAUGAAAGAGGACGGCGUGGAUGUCGUCGCCGCCGGCUCCUCAGUGCUCCGCGAGAUGGAGAAUGCCGUCUCGGAAGUAGGCCCCGAUCUCGGAAUCAUGACCGGCCCCGCCGGCCGGGACCGCGAGCACGCCCGCGACCGCCGCGAAGCCGUCCUCGAGAAAGUUGGCCGCGAAGGCGAGGAAGACGGAUUCCUCAAGACUAUCAUCUUCCCCGUCGACGGCGAGGGCGUCAACCUAGGCCGCCAGGGCCGUCUCGACCUCACCACCGUCCUCGGCAGCAGCAGAGUCUGGUACCACCUCUCCCUGCACCCCGUGGACGACACCCCAGCCUCCCUCGUCUCCCUCCCCUCCACCACCUCCGCCUGGUCCGCGGGCACCGUAUCGCGCCAGCUCCGCGCGUGGCGUCUCCCCGAGUGGGCGAACCGCCGCACGAAGAACUUGGAUUUCACGGCGGAUUUCGACCAUGAUGAGUUCGCGGUCCGCUAUGCCUCGCUCGGAUGCAAGGAUGGGCGCGAUGGCGUCGAGUCUUGGGUCCUGGAGAGGGGGUGGACGAAUGGCGAGGUUGUGGUUGGGCGUGAGCGCGUGUGGAUGCGUGAGGGCGCUUGGUGGGAGGCGGAGAGUAUGUUUGAUCUCACUCCCGCGCAGAGGGGCGGGGAGUAUGGUGCUCUCGGCGACCUACUAGGGGCUGGCGGGUUUGAGUCGGGAUACUCGGCUGGCGGGAACAAUGCGAGUGGAUUCUUCAAUGCUGCGCCGUCCGAGCUGCAUCAUCAGGAUAGCAGGGAGGGAUUCCUGCAGGCUGGUGAUGGCGGGGCGAGGGCCAAGAGCGUGUUCGGCGCACAGUCGAAGGCGCCGACGAGGGCGCCGCAGGGGCCAGGCGAUUAUGGUCUGGGUUUUAAGGGGGAUAACAUGCAGGGGCAUGUGUAUUAUAACAAUGAGCUCGGCGAGUUUGUGGAUAAUCUCGAUCCGGAGCUUGCGAAUCCCAGGGCGGUCGUGACGGACAAGGUUACGUUCAGUCGGCGCCUGUGGGUCGGUGUCGUGUGGGCUCUUACGUUCUGGAUUCCCUCGUUCUUGCUGCGCUAUGUUGGGCGCAUGAAGAGGCCUGAUGUGCGCAUGGCGUGGAGAGAGAAGGUGGUGUUGGUUUUCUUCAUCUUCCUCAUCAACGGGAUCAUCGUCUUUUAUAUUGUGGCGUUUGGGCGGCUGCUGUGUCCGAACUUUGAUAAGGUGUGGGACACGGCGAACGUCGCGACGCAUCAGGGCGAUAACGAUUUCUGGGUCAGCAUCCAUGGGAAGGUUUAUGAUAUCUCGAAUUUCUGGAAGCAGAACCAUGGGACUACUUCGAGGCCGGUGCAGAGUUCGGAUAUGGGACAGCUGCGCGGGCUCAACUUGGAUGCGUAUUUCAUGCCCCCGUUGACGUUUUCGUGUCCGGAUGUCGUUACGGAGCCGCUGGUCUAUGUUAUGCAGAAUGGUACGCAGGGAGAGUUCAGCUGGGCGCUGCAUGAUUCUGGACCGUUCAGGGAUAGCUCUACGACGGAUAAGAUGCACAACGAGGACUGGUACCAGGCGACGUUCCAGCCGCGCAUGCAGGAGUUCUACAAGGGCCACCUGGUCACCAAGGCGGACUUUGUCAAGUCGGAUGGCUCGGAUAAUAGCCAUUACUGGUUCAUCAUCGACGGCUCCAUCUACGAUCUCAACAACUACUUCUACACCCUCCAGACGAUGGGCGGCCAAGCCCUCUACGACUACCUCGACUCCGGCUUCUCGACCAUGGUCAAGAACAACCCGGGCCAAGACCUGACAGACGCAUACGCCCUGCUCCUCUCCAAGGCCGCUGACCAAACCGAGCUCACCUCCAUCAAGAACACAUUCAACUGCGUCAAGAACACCUUCUAUAUCGGCAUCCCCGAUUUCCGUUGGACCCCGCGCUGCCAGGUAAACAACUACAUCCUCCUCGCCUUCACGAUCAUCCUGUGCACGGUCAUCGGCGUCAAGUUCCUGGCUGCCCUGCAGUUCGGAUCGAAGCGCAGACCGGCGGCGCAGGAUAAAUUCGUCAUUUGUCAGGUUCCCGCGUAUACGGAGGGCGAGGAGUCGUUGAGGAAGGCGCUCGAUUCGUUGACGGCGCUGCAGUAUGAUAAUAAGAGGAAACUUAUCUGCGUUAUUUGCGAUGGUAUGAUUGUAGGUGGUGGCAAUGACCGGCCUACCCCGAAGAUCGUCCUGGAUAUUCUUGGUGUGGAUCCGAAGAUCGAUCCGCCUGCCCUGCCUUUCCACUCUGUGGGACAGAGCGGCGAGCAGCUCAACUACGGGAAAGUGUACUCCGGCCUGUACGAGUUCGAGGGCAACGUCGUACCGUACCUUGUUAUUGUGAAAGUAGGCAAAGAAUCCGAGCAAUCGAAAUCCAAACCCGGUAACCGCGGCAAGCGCGACUCCCAAAUCCUGCUCAUGAGUUUCCUGAACCGCGUCCACCACCGCUCCCCCAUGAACCCGCUGGAACUCGAGAUGUUCCAUCAGAUCAACAAUAUCAUCGGCGUCGACCCGGAGCUGUACGAGUACCUGUUCAUGGUUGAUGCUGAUACGAGCGUUAGGGAGGACUCGCUGAAUCGUCUCGUGGCGGCUUGUGCGAAUGAUGCGAAGAUUGCGGGGGUGUGUGGGGAGACGAGCCUGGAGAAUGAGGAGAAGAGUUGGUGGACUAUGAUUCAGGUUUAUGAGUACUUUAUCUCGCAUCAUUUGGCGAAGGCGUUUGAGUCGCUGUUUGGGAGUGUUACUUGUUUGCCUGGAUGUUUCACAAUGUACCGCCUCCGCACCGCCGACAAAGGAAAACCCCUCCUCAUCUCCGACGCCAUCGUCCGCGAAUACGCCGACUGCGACGUCGACACCCUGCACAAGAAGAACCUCCUCUCCCUCGGCGAGGAUCGCUUCCUCACCACGCUCAUGACCAAGCACUUCCCCUACAUGUCGUACAAGUUCAUCCCCGACGCCUACGCCAGCACCGCCGCGCCCGACACCUGGUCUGUCCUCCUGUCGCAACGUCGUCGCUGGAUCAACUCCACGAUUCAUAAUCUGGCUGAGCUUGUGCGGUUGAGGGAGAUGUGCGGAUUCUGCUGUUUCAGUAUGAGGUUUGUUGUGUUCAUCGAUCUUUUCGGUACUGUUAUCUUGCCCGCUACAUGCGUCUACCUCGUCUACCUGAUCACCACCGUCGCCUUGGGGAAGUCCCAGUUCCCGCUCAUCUCCAUCAUCAUGAUCGCGUGCGUGUACGGUUUACAAGCUAUCAUCUUCAUUCUUAAGAGGCAAUGGCAGCACGUGGGGUGGAUGAUAAUCUACAUCCUCGCCUUCCCCAUCUACUCCUUCGUCCUCCCCGUCUACUCCUUCUGGAACCAAGAUAACUUCACCUGGGGCUCCACACGUAUCGUCAUCGGCGAGUCCGGGGAUAAGCGCGUCGUAGCUAUCGACGAUGAUGGAUUUGACCCCCGCUCCAUCCCGCUGCAGAGGUGGGACGAUUACGCCGCUGCUAACGCCCUACCCGGUCGCAGGGGUGGUGUUGGGGGGGGAGUUGGGGAGAAAUUGGAUAAUCCGUAUGAUGACGCUUACGAGAUGGAUGAUUUCCGCUCUGUCUACUCCUCCGUUAAGCCUGCUUCUACCAUGGGCUUCGGGGGUGGCGGUGCGCCGAGGGGAAGCUUCAUUCCCCCGCCUAUGCCGUCGCCGUAUGGAGCCGGGCAGCAGGGGCAGGUUAGCAGGCAGUCUGUGUUUUCGACCUCGCCGUAUGCGGAUCAACCCCAGCAGGUGACCAGGCAGCCUAGUAUGUUAUCCCUCGGCUCCCCUCUCGACAGCCCCUACGGUGCGGCGAGGCCGAACACAAUCCACGUCUCCACCCUCCCAUCGAGUGAGAACCUGCUCGGCGGAAUGGGUUCCCCAUCCCCCGGCCCCGGCGCCAGGGGAGGGAACAGGAACACGAUAGGUUACCCGAUGGGUGGUGCCAGCCCCGCACCAGGUGCACCUAGCGAUGAGGCGAUCGUGGAGGCGAUUAGAGCGUGUUUGGCGGAUGUGGAUCUGGAUACUGUUACGAAGAAGCAGGUUAGGGCGCUGGUGGAGCAGAGGUUGGGAGGGGGGGUGGGUGGGGUGGAGAGGAGGGCGUUUGUGGAUAGGGCUAUUGAUGGGGAGUUGGCUAAUAUGUAGUCGACGCGUUUUGCUGUUGUGAAAUGGGAGGGGAGAAGGGGCGGGGGAAUGCUUGCAUUUUGGCACGGAGCAUUUUGAUUGUUUUUACGUUUUCUUUUUUAGUUUGGUCUUUUUUGUUUGUUUUUUAAGGGGGGGUUACUGCGGUCUGCAUUUUUUGGAUUUGUGGAUUUGUGAAAAAUAUGUGGCUGGCGGUGCUAUCUGCGCGUUUUUGAUUUUUGGGGGGGGAGGGGAGAGGGGAGGGUAAAUGUGUGUGUGUGUGUGAUUAUAGUAGCUGUAAUAGAUUGCAUGGGGAGGGAAA